UUAGAUCCCCAGUUCCCCACUGAUCCUCACAAAACAUUUUGCAAAUAUUUUUAUUCUGGUCUACAUUUUUUCUUAAUAUAUUCACAUGCAAUUCAUUUUUUUUUUUCAAAAUUGUGCUCUAGCAGAGUGAAUUACAUAAAUUUCUAAAUUUAUUAAAUUUUUACAAACAACAGAAAAAUGUAAAAUUCGAGGUUUUUGUGUCAACAAGUCUCCAAUCGUUCUUCUAAGAUAAAAAUUUGGACAUAAAAUUUGUCAAAAAAGGAAAACAAAAUGAAGAUUUUGAAUAUUUUGAAGACUAUUCGAAACAACUGGAAGAAGAGCACCGUGGCCGCUUGCCUGGUGGCCUACGGAGUUGAUUAUGCGAGGGAGAGGCAGCGUGUCCAGGACAUGAUGAGGGUCUUUUGCAGAGACGCAGUGGCCCUUGGCCAGCAGUCGUCCUCGGCCUCUCGCAGAGUCACCGUCAUCCUCAACCCUGCCGCCAACGGAAGAAAAGCGGCAAAAGACUUUGAAAAGUACUGCGCCCCACUGCUGCAUCUGGCUGGGCUGACAGUGAGUGUGGUGCACUCGGACAAUGAGGGCCAGAUCAAGGGUCUGCUGGACGUGAUGGACAACACCGACUGUGUGGUGGUGGCUGGUGGCGACGGUUCGCUCUCAGAAGCGGUCACUGGUCUUCUGCGCCGGCCUGACGCUUCCUCGGCUGCCCAGCGAUUGCCCAUCGGCGUUGUCCCCCUCGGUGCCACCAACCAGGUGGCUCGGUCCAUCUUUGGCACAAACUACCCUGCCAGGGAGGACUUCAUUGCAGACGCCACCAACAGCAUCCUCCAAAACAACACCAAGAAAAUUGAUGUCAUGCGCAUCCAACCCAAGAGUGAAAGCGGUGAAGGGAAGCCGGUGUUUGCGUUGGGUGAGGUGCAGUGGGGCGCCUACAGGGACGCUUAUGUGCGCAGAAACAGGUACUGGCUGUACGGCCCUUGGCGGAGCUACGCCUCGAUGGUGUUUUCCUGGCCAAAGCAGGAGCUUGGCUGGGAGUGCAAGGCGCGCGUCAAGUAUGUCAAACCGUGCGCCGGGUGCAGCAAGUGCGGCGCCCAACACCUGGUAGCCCCCCAGCAGGAGCCACCAGCCAAUCGACGAUGGUGGCACUCCUUCUCUGUUAAGCCGGCGACCACCAUUGAGAAAAGGGCAGAUUACAGCAAGGUGAUCAACGAGGAGUGUGGCAUGGAGCACGAGGUUGAGAUCAAUGUUGUCGACCUAAGCAUUGCCACCCCCAACGCAACCCCCACCUUCCAAAGCUCCGAAUCGGCACUUCAGGUUGCAAUAGGACCUAAAGAAGUGGGUUUCACUGACUUUGUGAAGGAGGGUUGGAGCAGACUGCAGGGAAACCCUCCUACGUUCAAUGAGGUCUUCUUGGCAAGGGAGCUUUGGUUCAAACCAGAAAUCAAAGACAAAGAAGCAACAGAAGAGAAAAAAGAGGAGGAGGUGAAGACAGAGACGUACAUGAGGUGGUUGUCAAUUGACCACGAGAACUACGAACUGAACCCGAUGCACAUCACUCUGCAGCCGAAUCGACUCAAUAUUUUCUGCCCCACAAGAACUUCCACUGUCCCAGCCUAAAAUGAUUUUCUGUGAUGCGUUGAAAUGAUUAAAGAGACAGUUUAACAAAA